UGAGCCCCGCCCCGCCGGAGGCCCCGCCCGGGCCCCGCCCCUCUGAGUUGGAUGAAAAGCCGCCGAGGCCGCCCCGCCGAGCCGCACGCGCGGGGAGCCUGGGCGUCGCAAGGUGCGCGCGAGGAUGCUCCGGGCCGGGCAAGGCGGCCGCGGCCGCUGCCGCGCACGCGUGCCCGCGUCGCGGCUGAGCUCAAAAGAUGCCCCGGGGGCAGGCCCGGCUGCGCGAGCGUGCCCGGCCGGCGGGCAGCGCUGUGGAGACCGGGGGACGCUGGGAGAGCCGCGAGGCCCGGCGCGCGACCCCCGGAAGCGGCACCUGCUCUUCAGGACAAAAGAAGUUGGACGAAUCCUGAAUUUACCACCCGGCGUUCCAGGAGGCAAUACCCAGUGGUCUGACCGUUGCUGUCCCUGUGGGUCCUGACCUGGGCCCUCCUGUUCCCUGGAGGAUCCGUCACUUGCUCUUCCGGAAUUAGAAACCACCGAGGGAUCUCUCCUCCCCGAUUCCUUGCAAGCCUUGCUCGUCUGGAGAGUAGCUCUUGGCCAAGAUUUGGCAGCAGAGAGCCAUGGACCAGAACAGCGCAGGGGAGGAGGGUGCCCUUCCAUCCGAGAUACACCUCCCUUCAUUUUCUGAGAGUCAAGGACUCAGCUGCAGCAAUGCCCUCAACCAGGAUCUGGGUCCCAGCUCCCGAGACCUGCUCUAUGCUGGCCUGAGUGGAUUGGACAUGGACCCCAGCCUCCCGGCACCCAAUGUGCCCAGCAAGGUGCUGGAGGACAACUUAGAUGCUUUCCCCCUGUACUCAGGGGAGGACCGUGACUCCGUGAAGCUGCUGGAGAAGUAUGCAGACCCGGCAUCUCAGGCUUCUUUACAGGACCUGAGGCUGGGCAAGCUUCAGGUCCCUAAAGAGGCUGACGAAGGAGGCAGGGCCACCUCCGGGAGCGCAGGGAAAGAAGAGCAGCAUCACACUUGGCCUCAGAAGCUGCUUCUGGAUUGCAGCGUCUGCGGGAAGGUUUUCAGCAGCACCAGCUCUCGGAGCAAGCACUACCUCACGCACAGCCAGGAACAGAAACACGUUUGCGGAAUCUGCAGCAAGGCCUUUAAGCGCAAGGACCACCUGACUAGGCACAUGCUCACCCACCAGAAGACCAAGCCCUCUGCGUGCAGGGAGCAGGGCUGCAGCAAGAGCUACUGUGAUGAUCGCUCCCUGCGCCAGCACUAUGAGGUCCAGCACGGCUUGUGCGUCCUGAAGGAGGCCCCCCCUGAGGAAGAAGCCUGUGGGGACUCCUCUCCUGCCCACGAGGUGGCCGGCCAGCCUGCUGCAGAUGGCCUGCGGUCCCUGAUGCCUCCAGAAGCCAGGUCCUCAGGCCCCCUUUUGCCCAACCGAGAGCCCCUGCGCUCUGUUUUAAGCAGCAUGGUCCACCAGGAGAUCUCUUCUCUCGGCCCAGUCCUGGCCGGGCCCUCAGAUGACAGGGAAGGGAAAAACACAGCCUGUCCCUCCCCACCCUCACUGGGGCCCUACACCUGCACCCCAGCGGCCCCAGGGACCCUGGGCACUGAUGUUCCUGAGGAGUGUCAUCCCCUGUGGAAGGAGCCUGCCACUGGGUUCACAGCCAUUCACUCCAGGGUAGCAGAGGAUGGUGGUCCACACCCAGCUGAGUUGGAGCGGCCACCCCAGCAACUGCCCACCCUGGAGAGCUGGCAGGAGGCUGGGCCUUCGGUGGACCCCCCACAGGACUCAAAGCCCAAGCUGACGAUAUCCAACAGGAUCCAGGAUGGAAAUACCUACCGGCUCCCCGAUCCAGUGAAGGAGGAGAGCAUGGCAGCAGGCAGAUGGCUGCCAUCUCUUCUCUGUCGGUGUUUGGGUGUCCGGCAUGGAGUUUUUCAAGCCUCUGAGACAGGCGCUGAGGCCGGAGGUGGAGGCACAGAGCCCCCCAGGAGCCUGGAAACCCUCGACGGCAUGAGCACAGCUCCUCUGGGGACGCCUGCAUCGGAGCCUGUGGGCCCAGUGAGCCAGCCCCCGGGGAGCACCGCCAAGCUUGCGCAUUCAUUCAUCCACCUUCCAUGCCGGCCCUGUGGGGGCAGUGCCGAGGACACCAUGGUAACAGGGACGGCCCCAGCCUGGCGUCCUGGGUCUGCCAGUCCAGGGACAAGACAGAGACAGCGAGGAGAGCAGCCAGCCCAGAAAGCGGAGAAAGUGCCUGCGGCCCAAGGCAUCAUUCCUGCCUCCCGCUCCUUAUGCCUUUGGGGAGCCGGGCCCCGAAGGAGGCCACCAGAGCUGCCUGUGGUUUCCGGUGCUCCUGGUGGACCACUCCCUGCAGGGACUGUUCCAGUGGUCUCCCAGUAUGCUGCCCCUGGUGCUGAGCCCCAUCUGGGAGGGGUCUGGGCUGUAUUUAAACACUGUUCCAUGUCCACUCAGGAUGAUUCUGACAAAGCCAUCGGCAGCAAGCUUGAUCAACUGGAUGACUCUUCUGGCAGCCAUGUUAUCAAGGAUGACACCAAGCCCCACAUUCGAAUACGCAUCAGGAGAGGAAAGAAGUUUCAGGCCGAGAUCCCGGAGCUCCAGGAGCGCCCUACAGCCGAGACCGUUGAACAUGGAGCUUCUCUGGUCUGGAAGCCAUCGGACAAUGUGAUGAGCAAUCCAGAAACACAGGAUAGAGAUCAAGUGGAUGACUGUUUUGGCAUCUGUGCAAUCGAGGAUAACACCAAGCCCAGCAUUAGACCACACAUCAGGAUAGGAGGCGAGUUUCAGGCCGAGAUCCCGGAGCUCCAGGAGCGCCCUACGGCCGAGACCGGUGAAUAUGGAGCUUCUCUGGUCUGGAAGCCAUCGGACGAUGUGUUGAGCAAUCCAGAAACACAGGAUAGAGUUACUGAGCUCUGCAAGAUGGCGUCCAGCACGAUGCCAGGAGGGGGCACCAACCUGGAGCUCGCUCUGCACUGCCUGCACGAGGCCCAGGGCGACGUCCCGGUGGCCCUAGAGACCCUGUUACACGGAGGACCCCAGAAGCCACUGACUCACCCUCUUGCCAACUAUCACUACGCAGGUACUGGAGCGAGGCUGCGGGGGUGGGUGUGCCCGGCUAGUGCCCGGGAGCCAGUCGGUCUCGGCGGCAGGCUCUGCUUGUGCCCCUGGGCGUGCUCUUGGGGCCCUCCUUCUCCUGCUUUUCCAGAAGGGCCUUUCCUCUCCAGGGGACCUCAGGGGGUGCCUGUCUCUCCUGGCUGGGUCCUCCCUCCCCACUUCCAGUGCAGUGGUUCCCUCAGGGGCUGUGCCCAGCCAGGAAAGGGAUCCCCUGGCCAGGGAGGUGAAGGCAGGCUCAGAUGCAGUGGCUGAGCAUCCCAGCCUGGGAGUCAGACAACUGGGGGUCCCUGCCUCCCGUUGGCAAGUCUGUUAACCAAUGGAAGCCUU